AUGGUGUGUGAUGCAAGAUUUGGGAUAACUAACGUAGUGGGAAAGUGGCCUGGCAGUGUGCAUGACAGCCGUAUUUUUAGAGAAUCGGAACUGUGCAGAAAAGAGAAUGGGGAGCUAGAGGGACUUCUACUUGGUGACUCGGGAUACCCAUGCAGAUCAUACUUGAUGACACCAUACAUGAACAUACAAACAGCUGCUCAAGAGAGAUACAACAUAGCAUUAACAAGAACAAGGGUGAUCAUUGAACAGACCUUUGGUGUGUUAAAGAGAAGAUUUCCUUGCCUGUCAUAUGGCUUGAGAACAGAAACAACAAGCGCACCCAAAGUUACAGUGGCUUGUGUUGUGCUGCAUAACUUCGGAAUGGAAAGAGGAGACAUUUUAGAGAGAGUUGUAGAUGAGCCUUUGGAGACACCAGAAGCAGUAGUAGACGUUAACCAGGCCGGGGCCCGUUGUAGGGAUGUGUUUGCAUCAACACAUUUUACUUAAUGACUGAACACAUCACAUUAUCUUUCAAAUUGAAUUUAUUAACGAGUUGAAUGAAAUAUUAAAAUCCAAGGCUCAGCCGAGUAUUUUAGUAAUUUUAUUCAACAUUUUUUUUUAUUCAAUGGAAAGACACAAGUGAAAUAUUAUUUUUAUCACCUGUAAGCUGUUCCUGCUGAAACAUCAUUUUUUUUUUUUGCCUCUUUGCCUAUAACAGACCAAGUCAAUUCUACCAGCCUACCCUACA